UUGGUGUCAGGUAACAAAGGACCUCAAUUCUACCAGGUGCCUCCUUCUGUAGUAGCCUUCGCUACGACUCAAGGGGGUCGAUUAACCUGCUCAGCUAUAGGAGAUCCCACACCAGUAGUAAGAUGGGUCAUGGCAGCUGAUGGGUCAGCCGUUCAGAACAUCGAGCAUAGUCGCAUCGCAGAUGGUAAUGGUACAUUGUCAUUUCCACCAUUCUCCAGUAAGGAGAUAAUACCCGAAGUCCAUGACGGAGUUUACCGAUGUAUAGCAACGAAUCGAAUCGGAAGUAUUCGGAGUCCUGAUAUUCGGGUCAAUGCUGUUCAACUACAGGAAUACCAAGUGCAGCUUCAUGAUAAUCACGUGAUGCGAGGAAACACAGCAGUCUUCAAGUGUAACGUCCCUCGCUUCGUCAAGGACUAUGUCAAUGUGACGGCCUGGACCAGGGAAUCAAGCCUCUUACAAUCAGAAGGUCGAUUCAGUGUCUUACCCAGCGGUGAACUUCAUAUCCGUGACGUACGUGACCGUGACGCUGGUCAGUAUAGAUGUACAGUUCGUAACAGACUCACAAAUAACAAUAAAGUGAGCCCUCCUGCGGUCCUUCAUGUCGCAGAGCCAGUGAACACUGCUCCAGAACUGAUCCAGUCCAAAGCUGACUUCACCCUUCGAGGGGGAGAGACAGUAGAGCUACCUUGCGUUGCUAGUGGCUACCCAUUACCCACCUACCAAUGGACCAAAGAUGGCGUCCCUGUCACACCCGGUGAUAGCCGGAGUCUCCGUGGUGGUAACCUGUUGCUUAGCAACGUGCAGCUGGAGAAUGCAGGGCGUUAUGAUUGUGAAGCAGUUAAUGACCUGGGUGCAGUGAGUACAACACGGAACGUUAUUGUCAGAGAUUCGAUAGCGGUGUAUUUCUAUCCUCAAAAACGGAGCGUUGACGUCGGUGCAUUCGCCACAUUCAACUGUUCUGUCUCUGGCUAUCCGAUAGAACAGGUCACGUGGUAUAAGAACGCACAGCCAUUGGAUGGAGAUGAUCGCGUCACUGUGUAUGAGAAUGGUACGAUGGUAGUAGGGGGCAUGCGCAGAGACGACCGCGGAAUGUACCAGUGCGUGGCCAGUAAUAGUUGGCAAACACAAGAAGCGACAAUGCAACUUUCCCUCGGAGCUGCUAAACCAAUCAUGUUGGCACACUUCACAAACCAAACCCUCUCUGCUAAACCAAUCAUGUUGGCACACUUCACAAACCAAACCCUUCAACCGGGACCCAAUCUACAGCUAUCAUGUACAGUAGCAGGGAACCCCACACCCGACGUGACCUGGCUUAGAGAUGGUCUACCUAUACCAACAGACCCUAGAUAUACAUUCAAUGACGUCAUCAAUGAAGAUAGUGACGUCAUCAGUUAUUUGAAUAUAUCUCGUUUGGUGAGUGAGGACGGUGGAUUGUAUCGGUGUGAAGCUACAAGUGAACUAGGGGCUGUGCAACAUGAAGAUCGCAUCAAUGUUAUAGGUCGUCCUUUAGUACGCCCUCUACCGGAUGUUAUCGCUAUCGAUGGCACUGAUGUCUCCAUUCAUUGUCACGUCGUUGGAUUCCCUAUCACAUCUAUCACGUGGUACAAAGGUUUAACUACUCUACCGUCUUCUAUGCGACACAAUGUCUUUCCAAAUGGAACUCUCGUCAUUGCUGACGUCACAUCUUAUGGAGAUGGUGGAGAGUAUACGUGUGUGGCGAGCAACGCUCGUGGGGAUCGAUCAGCAUCUGAUAUGGACCUCAUUGUCAAAGUUCCUCCGGUCAUUCAACCCAUCGAACCCCUCACCCUUCGACAAGGUCAACGAACUCAACUGAUGUGCAUCGUGACACGUGGUGAUUACCCUAUUCACUUCCGAUGGCUUAAAGAUGGUGAGACUAUUCCUCAUGGAGUCGGAAUUGAGUUUGUAAAUGGCACGUUCUCUAGUUCCUUGUUAAUAGCUGAUGCUUCUACUGUGCAUGAUGGUCGUUACACAUGUGAAGCAAGUAACUUGGCUGCUGCAGUCAACUAUACAACAGCUCUUACUAUACAAGUGCCACCACGAUUCGUAGUGGAACCUCAUAACACAGCGGUAGUCCUCAACCAUACCGUAGUGAUUGCAUGUAUGGCUAAUGGUAAACCAAAUCCAGAUGUACAAUGGAAGAAAGCCCCUGGUCCAAUUACGACAACAAACUUCCGUGACCUCCCGGAUGACCCCAGGUUUGAGAUGCAGGAGAAUGGAUCUCUUGUGAUCAGAGAAGCCCGCGUAGAGGAUGCUGGGUAUUAUCUAUGUCACAUCAGUAACAGCGUCGGGAUGGAGAGCAAGACAGCAACACUUACUGUUUUUGUACCUGCUACGUUUGAGCAGCAGCAGCAGAACGUGACUGUAGAGCUGACUGAGAGUAUCACAUUAGAAUGCAUAGCUACAGGUCAUCAACCUCUAGAGAUCAUGUGGUCUAAGAAUGAUGUCCCUUUCAAUCGACUAACCACUGCACGCUAUGACAUCGAGACAGUGACUGAUGGGGAUAGUGUACUAUCUAGUAUGACUAUCUUCUCUGCUGUACGUGAUGAUACAGCCACGUAUAUCUGUCUGGCUCAGAAUCUACAUGGUGCUGAUGAACAUGUUAUCCAGCUUUGGGUACAAGAAAAGCCCGAGCCCCCUACUGACUUACACGUUGUUAACAAGACAAGCAGGGGCGUGUUAUUGUCAUGGCAACCAUCAUUUGAUGGCAACAGUCCUGUGACGGGUUUCACACUUGAAUACAAGAACGCAUCAGAUGCAUGGCAAACGGGUCUCCCCCAGGAACAUGUACCAGCGGAUUUGAUUGGAUAUCAAUACAGCAUCAAGCAUCUUCAUCCUGCAUACACAUACCAUGUGAGGAUAUUCGCCUUCAAUGCGAUUGGAAUCAGUGAUCCCAGCAAAGAGAUUCUCUUUGAUACGGAAGAAGAAGCACCAUCUGGGAUUCCUUUGAACAUUGAGAUUGAAGCCUUGAGUUCUCAAAGCAUUCAGAUAACAUGGAGGCAACCUCGAGCAGACCUUCAGAAUGGUUUUCUACUGGGAUAUCACAUUCAGUAUUGUGAUCCAGAUUCACCCUUUCAAUCUCGAAUAGUUCCAGUUGAGACUAAUUACAUUGAGAGUCGUACACUCACUAAUCUCAAGAAGUUCACGCGCUAUACUAUUCAACUGAGGGCUUAUAAUCGUGUCAAUGUUGGGCCCUGGUCUCCUCAACAGUUUGUUACUACCCUUGAAGAUGUUCCCAGUGAGGCUCCGCAUGAUGUGUCUGCGAGAUCAGUCGGGUCUACAAGUAUUAUGGUCUUCUGGAAUGCACCUGAUCAAGUGUCUUUGAAUGGAAUACUACAAGGAUACAGAGUUUACUACAGACCAAUCAGAGAGAACGAAGACGAGCUGGAUUACCAAAUCUACGAAACGACGGAGUUAUUUGCUGAGCUGCACAACCUACAGAAGUUCACCAAUUACAGUUUAUCAGUUGUUGCUCAUACACGGGUCGGGGAAGGAGUGAGAAGCGAAGAGAAGAUAGUAAGGACAGAACAAGAUGUUCCUGAAGCACCAGCUGAUAUCAAGGCUCAUGCUGCAUCCCCUACCAGUAUCAUGGUGUCUUGGCUUCCUCCACUUUAUCUCAAUGGAAUCAUAACACACUAUCAUCUUAACAUCCAGUAUCGAGAAGGGGAAAACGAGGUGCGUCAGGAGAAGGAGCUGGAUCCUACCACGUAUUACUAUCUAGUUGAAGACUUACAGACGGAUUAUGAGUAUGACUUCUGGGUAAAGGCAAGCACGAUAGCGGGACAGGGAGAGUCAAGUCGAAUCGCUACUGAAAUACCCAUGUCGAGAGUACCGGCUCGCAUCAUGUCCUUCUCAACGACCUUAAUGACUCCCUGGAAACGAGGCGUGACCUUAGAUUGUCUUCCGGUAGGAGACCCUGUACUCACUGUAGAAUGGAAGAAGAACAGGUUGCCUAACGUGUUAAAACCUGACGGACGAAUAGAUAUCCUGGAGAAUGGAUCUCUCGUCAUCCAAUCAGUGCAGUCAACGGACGCAGGAAACUACACCUGUCGUGCGAUCAAUGAAUAUGGGUCUUCAGAUUCUAUUACUGUACGGGUUCAAGUACUGGCCCCUCCUAAUCCACCACAACUUACCAUUGGCUCAACAUCUAACAACGCAAUCAAGGUCAACUGGAGGUCAACCGGAAAUGGAGGCUCGUCGAUUGUAGCCUUUCAGUUACUCUAUCAACGGACACACGAGCAGACAUGGGAACGUUUUGAUGUGAAUGCUUCUCUUCGUAGUUUCCGUGCUACUGAUCUUCUAUGUGGUACUGGAUAUAGGUUUUAUAUCACAGCUCGUAACAAGCUGGGUGUGGGUAAACCCAGUGAUAUACUCUCAGUCAGCACUCAAGGAGAAAUUCCCAUACCGCCCUCAACGGAUAAAAUCGUACCAUUCACUAAUGCUUCCAGUAUUACAUUGGUUUUGGCCAGCUGGCAGAGUGGUGGAUGCCCCAUCGAGUCUUAUAGCAUUCAGUACCAGGUACUAGGGGUAGAUGAUUGGGAGAAUAUUGCAAAUAAUCUCCCUGGAAAUACGAGAGAUUAUACAGUAGAUGACCUUCGACCUUUGACCUGGUAUCAGUUCCGGGUCACAGCAGUGAAUACAGCUGGUCCGAGCGUGUACCCCUUCCGGGUCUCUACCGUAGCAUUCAGUGGAUCAGGUACAGCACCUCCGAUCAAACAAAGCACGUCAAGACCUUUAGCAUUCUAUGAAGACCCUCGCUUGUUCGGACCAAUCCUUGGUAUUCUUACACUCUUCGUCAUACUCGGUUUCAUCAGUUACUUCAUUCAUGGUUGUCGUCGACGUCGUAAGAAGUCGGUCAAAUCCCAACAUGUCGUCGUUGAAACGCUGAGUGGACGUGAAAGCAAUGGAAACUCACCGUCACAGCAAAACAAUAACCGUCCCACUGUACACUUACCACCAGAGAGGGAGCCCUUCUUGGGAGCUUAUGAGAGAGCUGAAACAAUAGCUGUGAGACAAACACCCUGGAUAUUCAAUGCUGAUGAAGAAGAAGGUGAUUAUGCGAGUGAGCCUCGUCGUCAUCGCGGACUAGCUGAUCCAUACGCUACCUUUGACUAUCAUGAUGGAUCUAUCUAUCCCAGUAUGAGUACGUUUAGAUCUGAUGGGUCUAGUGCUAGUCUCAGUGACUGUGGUCUAAUGAUACACGAUGAACGACUCUAUGAUAUCCCUCCAGAAGAGAUUGCUCACAGAGGAUAUUGUCGUCGUUAUCACACGUAUGCACGCCUGGAUGACGUCAGACCUGUACACGCAGGAAGUAAAUCAGAUGGACCUGGGUCACAGGCAGAUAGUUCCUCCUCUCCAUCACGAGGUAACAAACGACCAAGCAAUGGUUCUCUGUCUACCACAAAUGAAUCGUCAAAUCGUGAAGAGUUAGAGCGGGCAUACUCAACCGGCAUGCGUAUAGAGGCGGCGCAGUUUGAGCUUAUCCAAUGCGCCAAUAAGAAACGAGAAGAUUAUUCACCAGCUUCAAGCUCUAGCCGCUCACAUGUAUCACGUGAUCAUCCUUCAGUGACCAAUAGCGACGUUGAACACGGGAUCAGGAACUUUACUGCGUCUCCACCCAUGCCUACUGUUCCCGAGGCUAACCACUACGCACCUAGGAGAUAUGUUCAUACACUGGAAGGAGCCAGACCACGUGACCGUGCUCGUAUGUCACUGACUACAUCGCCCUCUCUUGUUCGAUCAAGCGAAGAGUCGAGUGAUGUGGAUUUUGAGAUGGAAUCAUCUGAACGAGGAAGCAUUCACGUGUAUCGUCCUAGCCGAUACCGAUCGAAUCGCCGGGUACCAAGACGAGGUUAUGUUACUGCACGAUCUGUUAUCAGAGCAGCUCGUGUACCGGGAAGAAAACACAGGCAUCCUGGCUCUCAUCCACAUGCACGUCAUCAUCAUGGUACUCCGAGUAGCAGCUCACCCGAAACCGUACGAUCUCAUCCGAUUCACUACCGAGCACCUUCGAGUCCUUCCGAAGGCUAUAUUUCUCUACCUUACGAAAGUUUCAGUGCUGCACAUAGCGGGGUAACAGACAGUGACGCUGAUACGAGAAAACAUUACGGUUAUUACAGACGAAGAGGGAGACCUCAGCUCAUUUGGACUCCUAGCGAUAACUUGCCUCCUGGAUCUAUCAGUGACCCAGAAAGAGGGCGCCAUCUACGUCAUCCCAAACGGCAUGCUACAUCGGUUGGAGGUGUUAAGGUAGUACAUCCUAUUCACCCGGAAACAGUUCGGUAUCACAUCCCAUCAGAGAUACGUGAGGAAGGGGAAUCACCUAAGAAAGAUCCUAGAUCAUGUAAACCUAUGAUGAUAACAUCCUACCACUCACCACCACCACCACCACCACCAUCACUACCACCUAAACGACGAGGUAGCCCGGAAGGAAAUGAACAAGAUAUUGAAGAAGAAAUUGAAAUCCAAGUCAUUGAUGAAUGCAGCAAGGCUAGUCCGAUAGGAGAUCAGUUUAGGGAAAACAUAUCAGUUGUAUGAAUUGAAGACAGCUGAACCGUGCGAAUUGCGAAAGACUUUAGAAUGUGUACAGUAAUACUGGAUUCGAAGUAUUGACUUCUUUUGAUUUUCAUAUUAUGAACCAAAAAGCCAGAAAUUGUUAUCAACAGAAUCCAUUUGUAAGGAGGUGCGACAUAUAAGACGAGUUCAGCUGCUGAGGACUUAGUAGUUAUGACCAUAAAGAUGAUAGGUCUUUAGUAAGACAUCGCUGCAAGUGAACAAUAUGAUACUGCACUAGAUGCCUAUUACAUGGGUCGAACUAUAGGGUUAGAGUGAGAGUAAUAUGGUAAAUAUAAUGAAGUCUGGCAUUGUGUAUAUUUGCCAAAUCAAGCCAAACCGGAUUAUCAUAUUCCACCCGACAUUUCUUGUAGAGUCAGUCUCGUAGAAGCGGUCUAUAUCGUGUUAUUACACAAGCUAGCCAGGGUUCAACCUGUAGGUGAACUUUAUAGGAGUGUUGUGACCGAGUGGUUUAAUGCGCUUGAAUGGGGAUGCGAAGGUCGAGGGUUCGAAUCCCGACCCGACACUAAUAUCCUUUGGCAAUAUAUUAACAUGCACUUGCU